AUGCAAAGUUCCGCCGACGGUUUCUGGGCCGCUUGUGGCGGUUGCGGUGUCACCAGCAAGAAACUUUCUAUCCACAAGACGGCAGCUGCUGCCUCGCCAAUCGGUCUUGUUACUGGCGAGGCAGUAAAGAACGGCAGUCUGCUCAUUAGUGUCCCAUACAACUCUGUCUUCAAUGGGCAAACACUGAGAGGAGACGUGCUGCCUCGCGCGCUUCCACCGCUUCGCAAGAUGAUCCUAUUCUUGACGCGGCGAGGCCGAAUGGGUGCUAUCACCGCACACAGCUUGUGGCUCGCCUGCUUUGUGGCAUGCUAUCGUCAGCAGUGCGCCGUCAGCAACGUGGCAGAGCGGUGGCUGCUGCAGCAACUGUUGAGUGACACUGUGUAUCCCCUGCUGCCGAACCUUUUUUCGGAACGUAAUAAGUUCACAUGCCCUUCUUUGCGGGGCAGCUCCGCAGCGGAGUUGCAAGUGAUGGAGAUGCGCGUACUGGACGAGCUCGACCUGACCUACUCGAUGCUUUGUCACUAUAUGAAGCGCCGCGGUGUGUCGUCAAAGCUGCGCCCGAGCAGAGAUAUGCUGCUACAGGCACACCGCACUGUCAUGCAGCGCGCGCUGCUGCUGCCGUGCAACGGAGUGCCAUCCGCGCCAGCGGUGCUUUCCGAGUUGAUCGAAACAUCACCCGACCUUGCUCUCUUUCCGUCUCUCGUGCCUGUAAUUGACUUGAUACGGGCGGCCCCGCUGAAUUCCCGCACCGAGGCAGAGGAAGGAAGAGCAGCAGAGAGCAGCGGCAACUGUGCCAUCUUUACUUGUGUGCAGUCGGAAUUUGUGUCUCCGUCGAGCAGGCGCCGACUAAUUGUAGAGACGGCGCCGCUGGCGACGCGCCGGGUGGUAAUUUGUGCUACAAAGUCCCUCAAGGAGGGCGCGGAGCUGCUGAUGGAAUUUGAGUAG